UCAAGCUCUAAGAAGAAUAAAUCAACCGGAAGGACUUUCUGUAUAAAUAAGUACGCACGUAAUUUCUAAAUUCUGUACAUUAGUUUGCACUUUUAUCGAAAAGUGGGUAUAGUGGUGGGGCGGUUUACGAGUGUCUUCCAUUGAGAUCAAGGAUUUACUGUGCACAUUCAUAUGCAAUUCGUUAACUCAUUUCCAAGUACAAUUACGCAAGAAUUAUGUCGUGUUCAAGUAGUGUUAAAUACUUCCAAAAGAUGAAACUAUGAAAUCUCUUCUUACGGUUAAGUCGAUUUGGAGAAGAGAAGGAACAGCAGAAAUUGAUACAACCAGACCAUCUCUUCGUCAUAUGGGUCAACCAAUACCGAUAGCUACCAAUUCUGAAAUUUUAUUUUAUCGAUUAUCGUGAUCGGAAGAGAAAUUUUGCAUUUAUACAUGGAAUUACCUUUGUAUCUAAAACCAUGUGUUGCAAAAUUGGCUUCCCCUGCAUCCAGUACUGGAUUUUGGAAAGAUACCGCUCUGGAUAAAGCAGUUGACGAGAUGCGAUCACUUUGUUCAAAUGACGAUCCGAUCUCGUGCCUGAAAUAUAGAUUCAUGUCACUUAUUGAUGGUUUCUUCAAAAAGGACACGUUUCAGAUUUUAGACAAUGUUGAAAUCAAACGCAACAGUUACCAAGGGAAUGAAAUAAGUGGUAGAAGCGAAAAUACUUUAGAAGAUGGUGUCGAAGGGAUCAUCCAAAGUCAUGAUGUAACCUUUAAGCUUCCCUUUGAAGGAGCGUCUGUUACUGUUGCUUCUGGAAACUUAGAUAAAGAUGAAAUUGACUUGAAACUCCGCUUGUCAGAUGAAGCCAGAGGUCGUAAAUCAAAGCUGAAGAAAAUCAUUGUUCCUAUUUUCAUCUUCAUUCUGUUGAAAGCGAUGACGCUCAUCCCCUUGGCAUUGGGAGUUCUCGGUCUGAAAGCAUGGAACGCGCUUCAGCUUUCAUUCUUCUCGUUCGUCGUCUCGAUCGCCCUAGCCAUAUUUCAAUUGUGCAAGAAGAUAGCUGCAGACAGCCACCCUCAUCACAUAAGCCACGGUCCUUGGGACGCGGCCUACGCGAGAUCUUUCGACACGCAGCCUCAAGCUGCAUUUGUCAACGAAGAGGAAGCACAAAAGUUAGCGUAUUCCGGAUAUUUCUAA